UCCAGUGGGGGCGGAGCAACGAAUAUGAGUAGAACGUGAUUGGUUCGCUUUUCUGUCAGUCAGAUAUUUCCACCAAUGAGCCCAAUGAGCUGUUAAAGGGGGCGCAUUCACAGGUACGCCUUCCCCCUAAGGUUGCACCGCCUCGUUUCUGUGUGUGCGUAUUUUUUCUUGCUAUUUUUUUUUUUUUUUUUGUAACCAAAGCUGGGAUGUGUAGGACGUCACAUGUUGUUUUUCCUCUUCACUCCAGUCACUUAGCGAUAUGUGUUAUUUACUGUUAAACCGCUCCACGCAGCGAACGCGCACUCCGAGCCGGGUCCAUAAGAGAGUCUGACAGGAUUAAAACGGACUGACAGCACAAGUUAAGGAAAAGUGAGAGUUUUUCUUCACAGUUUAUAUGAGAAUGGCGAGUCCGCCGCCGACGGGAGGACAGCUGAUUUCAAAUAUGACCGUGAACACCAACAACCACGUUAAGAAAUGCGGCUAUCUGAAGAAGCAGAAGCACGGACACAAGCGUUUUUUUGUGCUGAGGGAGCCGAGCGAGGGCUGUCGCGCCCGGUUGGAGUAUUACGAGAGCGAGAAGAAAUGGAAAAACAAGUCGGCUGCUAAACGGGUUAUACCUUUGGACUCGUGCCUGAACAUCAACAAGAGAGCCGAUGCCAAACACAAACACCUGAUCGCCCUUUAUACCAAGGACGAGUAUUUUGCCGUGGCUGCCGAAAAUGAGCAGGAACAGGAGGACUGGUACACGGUCUUAACGGAUUUAAUGAACGAGGGGAAAGUGAGCGACGGCUCCGCGAAUAAUUCGGCGUCAUCCCUCGUCGGGUUUGAUGAGGCGAGCUACGGCGUGAUAACGCCCGUCUCCGCCACUUACAAGGAGGUUUGGCAGGUCAAUCUGAAAUCUAAAGGACUCGGACAGAGCAGGAACUUAACUGGCGUUCACAGGCUGUGUUUAUCCAGCCGUACGAUCAGCUUCGUGAAACUCAACACGGAGGCGGCGUCGGUGAUUUUACAGCUGAUGAACAUCCGCCGAUGCGGACACUCGGACAGCUUCUUUUUCAUCGAGGUGGGCCGGUCCGCGUCGAUCGGACCCGGCGAGUUGUGGAUGCAGGCGGACGACUCGGUGGUGGCGCAAAACAUUCACGAGACUAUUUUGGAGGCGAUGAAAGCCAUGAAAGAGAUGUCUGAGUUCCGCCCGCGCAGCAAAAGCCAGUCCUCAGGUAGCAACCCGAUCUCAGUGCCCACCAGGCGGCACUUUAACAACCUCCCGCCGAGUCAAACCGGGCUGCAGCGGCGCUCGCGCACCGACAGCAUGGCAGCGACGUCUCCCGUGACGAAACUGACGUCUUGUAGGAUUCGCACGGCGAGCGAGGGCGACGGCAGCCCUAUCAGCCCAGGUGUGAAAAGGACUCAUUUGAACCGCUCCAACACAGUGACAGCUCGCCCAUGCAGAACAUUUGAGGCUUCAUCCCUGCAGCACAGUAAAUCCAUGUGCAUGCCUGUGUCUCACUCCCCUCCCUCGGCUGCAAGCCCUGUCAGCAUGUCCUGUGGCAAUAACAUAGAAGGUGGCCCUCGCCCCUCCAGCUGCACCGCUUCCAUCCCGGGGUCCCCCAGCGACGCCGGUUUCAUCUCCUGUGAUGAGUGCGGCUCCAGCCCCGGUGAUAUGCGGCACCUUUUAGCAGCGAACCGAAGCUACACACCUGAGUCACUUGCUGACACCCCACCCAGUGACAUGUACGGAUACAUGAUCAUGGAGAGGCCCAAUAGCUGUGGACGGAAAAGCAUCCAGGCAGCAGUUGAGGAAAGCAGAGGAGAUCUGGAGAAUGCCUACAGGAAGAGGACCCACUCUCUCACCAUGCCUUACCAGAAGAGGGUGCCAUCACAAGUGUCCUCAGGUUCACUGGACGAGUACACGCUCAUGAGAGCAACUAACACAACUGGAGGCCAUUCGGGGCGUAGCUCUGAGACCGCAUCCCCAAAAGUCACAUACCCCGAGGAUUACGGGGACAUUGAAAUCGGAUCAUUACUGAAAAGUUCCAGCAGUAAUCUGGGCGACGAUGGCUACAUGCCAAUGACGCCAGGUGUGGCUCCACAAGGGGGGAAGACUGACAACUACAUGCCUAUGAGCCCAAUGUGCGUUUCUGCUCCGAAGCAGAUAAUCAACCCCAGGAUGCACCCCCUCACUAUAGCUAAUGGUUACAAAACCAAUUCCCCCAGCAGCUGUUCUCUGGAUGACAGUGGCUACAUGAGGAUGCUGUGCGGCUCUAAGUUCUCCAUAGACAGCUCAGAUGGGAAACUGACGAAUGGUGAGUACCUCAACAUGUCGCCUGCAGAUUCGGUCACGCCACCAGACUACUACCUGAGCCCUGUGGGUUUAGAGCAGUCUCCCUGUCUCCGACAGCUUCACUCGUUUAACUCUUUGCCCCGCUGUCAUAAGCCCCAGCAGAUGCUAAAGGAUGCAGACAAUGAUCAGUAUGUGGUCAUGAAUCCUCAAAGUCACAGGAUAAUAGAGGAGUCCGUAAAAACAGCAUCCCCAUCUCCUCUAAGACAAAGCCGCACAGACGGCCUCAUCCUCCGGCACAGGAUCAACCGGCCAACCCGCCUCUCCCUUGACACGUGCCGGACAUUACCUAGCAUGAAUGAGCAUCCCCUCCCCUCCGAGCCAAAAAGCCCUGGCGAGUACAUAAACAUAGACUUUGGACAUGUUGCUGAAAGUUGCACUCCCCCCUCCACUGUUUCCUCCGAGAGCCCAGCCUCAUCCCUCGGAUCCUGCGCCGAUCACAGGACGUCCCCCAUCUCCGAUUAUAUGAACAUUGAUGUGAGUUCGCAGUCGCCCAAAUCUGGAAACACUGCUCCAUCUAAUCGUUUGGAGCCCCUUCCUGAACUCACAUCCUGCCCCGCCCACCCCGAGGAAGAUGAGAGGUACCACCUCACUGCACAGGUGGAACCGGUAGGCCCGGUCGACAAAGCUAAAGACGAUUACACAGAGAUGACGUUCGGCGUGCCCACUUCCCCUCCGCAGCCUGUCUCACAGCUCUCAGAAGGUGGGCAGACCAUCAGCCCUUCCUCCUGCAUGCAGAGGCUGACCGUGGAAGAGGCUGUAGAAGUCCCUGCCGUUGAGGCUUUUUUGCUGCAUGGCACCACUCUGGCCUUGGUGGACCCUGACCGGGGGGCCAAGGUGAUUCGUGCCGACCCCCAGGGGCGCAGGCGGCACAGUUCAGAGACAUUCUCCUCAACCACCACCGUAACACCAGUUUUUCCCUCAUUCGCACACGACGCCAGGCGGCAUGGUUCGGCCUCUGUGGAGAACGUGUCCGUUUCUGUGAGGAGCAACGAAGGAUCGGAUGAAGAGUAUAACAGUCCCAUGUGCAGGGAGACGUCGGCUGGCUUUCAGAAUGGACUUAACUACAUUGCCUUAAACUUGAUGGAUGGAGGACUUGCCAGCUGUGAUGCUCUUGUCCGGUUCAAAGCUGCCAGCUGCUGUAAAGAGGGCAUCAAUGGAAUACACGCCAGUCCGUAUGCCAGCCUUGGGUUCAAGGAGACGGCAACAACAGUAAAAGACUAAACAGAGCCAGUCUCUUCAUUAAAGCUCCUUCAUCUCCAUCGAGAGGAGAAGAGGAGGCGCUCAUGUGGACAGAUGGACCACGUUGCUGCUGCUGCUGCUUCUUCAGCUCUUUGCUGACCCUUGACCUCCCGAAUCCAUUUGAAUGGCUGUCGUCAAAGCAACACGGACACUUGACCACAGCGCGAGGCAUGACGAUAACUCAAAGACACAUAGGCGGGACUUCGUGUCCAUCUGUUACUCACUACAAUCCCUUCCCUCAGUUUUUGUGUUAUGGACCUUUUUUUCACUGGUUUUGUUACGAGCUCUGGACUUGGAGUGGCCGGUGUCCCUCAAACCCUCCCCGAAAACCUGUGAACCAAACACGAGGAGAGACAUCCGAUCCGCACAUGCGUGCAUGUGUUCGCAACACUGCACAGUGGUGGCAUUUCAGAAAUUCACUCAACAAUUGGAAAUCAGAAAAGACAAAAAAAAAAAAACCUACCUCAGAACGAGCCAGGUCAUGACUUACAAAAAGAAUAUAUAUUGAGAAAUUAAUUUAUUUUUACAAGUGAAUGUUUUCUUAAAAAAAAAAAAAAAAACUUAACAAAACGGAAAAAACCCACCAAUCCAAAGCCUUACUGACUGUACUGUCAAACAGUGUUUUCUGGAGGACCUGCAUACACUCACGAAAGUAUCAAAGAUUACUGUUUGCCAUGCUACCUGAAUGUCUUGUGCUGCAGCGGAGAAAAGUCUCGCGUUGCAUUCAAAGAUCUAUUAAUGUUAUUUUGCAUUCUACACAGAUAUUUAAAGGAUUUUAAUAUAAUACUAUUUAUCGGAGCUGGUAAAGGACCGCACGGGUGGCCGCCUGCCCACCACCCCGCACAUAUGCAAAGCAGGCAUCCAGAGCAGAGGAGUUAUCAGUUUUGGAACGAAGCCACACGCGAUUAACACACAACCCUUACGGUACGCUAGAUGAAUGAUGUCGUGCGCCUCAGGUCAGAGAGAGGAGUUCCUCACCUCAAGCCUAGGCAUGCUAGCACACUUUAACUCACUGUCUUUAACAACCCAGAAGCCUCUGCUGACUUGCCCCUCUCUCACUGCUCUGAACACACAGGCUUCCCUUCGCCUUACACCCGUACCCGUCAGCUCAAGAGAGAGUGAUAGAUUCAGGGACGUCUCAGAAGGCCUGACACCAUUAAUGCUGCUCCCUACCGUCAGACAGGGAUAGACUCGUCAGAACCAAUGCUUUGUCUUGCACUUACAAACUCCUUAGAUUGUAACACAAGACACUUUUGAAUGUAGAGUAUUGUGGGGAUCUCCGCAGGAGACCAAACGCGCGGCCUACACAUCCACCAAUAGAGGCAGAGUCGUACGCAAGCAAGCGAAAACAAAGUACAACAUAACACACACAACUUGACUUAAGUAUAUGAAAAACGUUUGCCUAGAAAGCUGUACAUAGUGUAUAAAGAGAUUGCAACUGAUGUUUUUAAGUUAAAGAUGAUAACUUAUGUCUUUUUGUAUAUAGAUAUAUAAAUAUGGUAUGUGUUUGAAUGAAUUCCCCCGAAACAACUAAAGCACUAAUGAAGGUACUUGCCAAAGGCUGAACUCUGGCCUGGCGCUUUUCUUUUCUAAUUCUUCAGUACGUUUGUAAAAGUAUGUACACUGUAUGAUAAAUGCCACUUCGAGGAUAUUUGAUAACGCUAUGAUAUAAAAAUAAAAAAAAAUUCAGUGAAUAAUACUUGAUAUUGCAAAAAUAGGUACAAAUUCACAAACGGCAUAUGCAAUAUUUACAUUUUUUUAAAGAUUAGUUUACAGAAAGGAACCAAAUGUAUAAAUACUGUGUUAAUAUAUUUAAAACCUUAACGUUUUUUGCUGUACUCCUUUUUUCUGCCAACUUUUAAAUGGAAAAGUGUUUUUUCUUUUCUUUUUCUUUUUUCCUUAUUAUUCUUUUUUGCUGUUGAAUCCUAACAGUAAUUUCAGCAGUGUUCUUUUGUGAAUGCUGUUUCUCAGUAUGGAAAGCUUGAAUACGUCGAUGCCUGUGCGAUUUUAUUUUAUUUUUUUUCCUGUGUCUUCCAUUGUAUAUAUUUCAUAUUCUUUGCAUUGUGAUGCUACUUAGAAAUGAUAAUUUAAACUUCGUGUAAUUAGCAUUGCUUUAGAACUGUAUUGAUUCUGAAUAGCCACAUGCAAUAAAAAAGUAACAUUAAGAAA